GCCAAGCCAAUCACGGAGCACGGACACGUCUCCACUGCGGGUCCCAUCUCCACGUCAUAGUCCUAGAAGCUGCCCGCUCGACAUGCCCCACCUGCCAGCAUCCCCUGCGCAGUCCCAAGUCCCAACUCCUACUCCCUGCCGUGCAACGGGGGUGAGAUCUUGUGUUCUCGUAGGCUAUGCCUUCCCCGAUGGCUCGCGUCCUGCACCGCCGUCUCCUCCUCCUCGCCGCCGUCUCCUUCGCCGUGGUCGCUUCUCUCCUUCGCCCAGCUGCUGCAGUGCGCCCGUUUGUUUUGGUUCUCUCCGGUGAGGACUUCCUCAAGGAUUCGGCCGCGCACCCGUCCCUCCCCUCUGCCGACUCCACCGACGACGACGGGUGGGACGACUUCGCCGACGAUUCACCAGCCGCCGACCCGCUCCUCUCCCCGUCCUCCUGGGUCCCUCUUCUUGACCCAGCAAGCCCUCCCCUUUCUGGCGAUGAGACGGACUCGUCGGCCGACGCGCUCUUCGUCGCGGGCGCCCGCGCGAUGCUCUCCGCAGCGUCCGAUGGGGACGACGCGGCGUUCGCCACGGCUGCCGCGCAGAUCGAGGCCGCGGCAGAGGCGGGGCACCCGGGCGCGCAGUCCGCGCUCGCGUUCCUCACCGGCGCCGGGAUGACGCGCCCGGCAUCCCGAUCGCUCGCAUUCCUGUUGCACAAGUUCGCCGCCGACGCGGGAGAUCUUCAGUCAAAGAUGGCCCUCGCGUACUCCUACUUCCGCCAGGAGAUGUAUGAAGAAGCUGUUAUACUAUACGCUGAACUUGCAGAAGCUGCCCUAACUAGCUCCUUGAUAUCAAAGGAGCCACCAGUGAUUGAACCAAUCCGUCUUCACAGUGGGACUGAAGAAAAUAAAGAGGCCUUGAGGAAGUCCCGAGGCGAGGACGAUGAAGAUUUUCAAAUCACAGAGUACCAGGCACAGCGAGGCAAUGCUGCUAACAUGUACAAAUUAGGGCUUCUGUAUUACUAUGGACUACGUGGGCUCCGCCGUGAUUAUGGAAAAGCUUUUCAUUGGUUUUCUAAGGCUGUUGAGAAAGGAGAGACACGAGCAUUGGAACUUCUGGGUGAGAUCUAUGCUAGAGGUGCUGGAGUGGAAAGGAACUAUACUGAAGCAUACAAGUGGUUGGCACUUGCUGCAAAGCAGCAACAUUACUCAGCUUACAAUGGAUUGGGUUAUCUAUAUGUUAAAGGCUAUGGGGUGGAGAAGAAAAACCUGACAAAAGCAAAGGAACUUUUUGAACUUGCAGCCGAGAAUAAGGAAGCUGGGGGACAUUAUAACCUUGGUGUGUUGUAUCUUAAGGGUAUUGGUGUGAAGAGGGAUGUAAUUAGAGCAUGCAAUCUCUUGCUUCAUGCAGUUAAUGCUGGGCAACCAAAAGCUAUUUAUCAGGUGGCGAAACUGUUCCAGAAAGGCAUUGGUCUUAAGAGGAACCUCCAUAUGGCAACAAUGUUGUACAAGUCUGUUGCUGAGAGGGGACCCUGGAGUUCAUUGUCCAGAUGGGCUUUGGAAUCUUAUUUGAAAGGCGAUGUAGGGAAAGCAUUGCUCUUGUAUUCCAGAAUGGCCGAUCUUGGAUAUGAGGUUGCACAGAGCAAUGCUGCCUGGAUUCUUGAUAGGUAUGGUGAUCAAAGUAUUUGCAUGGGAGAAUCUAGUUUUUGUACAGAUAUGGAAAGACAUCUUCGUGCGCAUGCUUUGUGGUGGCAAGCAUCCGAGCAGGGUAAUGAGCAUGCUGCAUUGUUGAUUGGCGAUGCCUACUACUAUGGUCGGGGCGUAGCAAGGGACUAUGAACGUGCAGCAGAGGCAUAUAUGCAUGCUCGGUCACAGUCUAAUGCUCAGGCUAUUUUUAACCUUGGGUACAUGCAUGAGCAUGGUCAUGGACUUCCCCUUGAUUUGCACUUAGCAAAAAGAUAUUAUGAUCAAGCCGUUGAGGUGGAUUCAGCAGCUAAGCUCCCUGUCAUGCUUGCACUAACAAGUUUGUGGCUAAGGAAGAACUACGCAGACAGUUUUUUGGUUCGCUUUAUCGAUUCACUUCCAGAAAUAUAUCCUGUUGUUAACAAAUGGGUGGAAGAUGUUCUCCUGGAUGAAGGGAAUGCCACAAUUUUGACUCUCUUUGCUUGCCUUGUAACUGUCCUCUACUUGCGAGAGCGUCAAAGGCGUCAAGUGGCAGCAGCCAACCCCCAACAACCUGAUGAUGUGGUCAUGUAAAUGUCUGUUUUCAUGACAUGUGCAGCCCUGUUGCUUGAGGGUGUUGAAUGACGGCGACAGUCGCGCGCGCGGAGCAGCCGUUGCCGGGUUACAGAAGUGUGCAUGAUGAACCGGCCGAUCUUUUGUUCGAUCUAGCUCCACCGACGUGCGACGAAGAAGAUAGAAUGAAACUACAACAGCUGCAAUACAUUUGAGCUGCAGAGCUAGCUUAGUGCCUGUUUGGGAUCCUGGUCUUUCACUGCCUGGUGUGGUAGAUGAACGGUGGUGAGCACUCCCUUAAGCCUAGUGUUUGGGAGGAAAGGGGGGCUAUACCUAGAGAGGGAAAACCCCACAGAUAACUAAAUAUCUUAUUUAAAUGUCUUUUUAAGCCUUGUUCAUAUUCACCUCAUUUCAUGUAUAUUGAGGUGGAUUGGACCAUUGAGGUAUAACUUAGUUUAAUUUACACCAUAAUUCACCUCAAUACACAGGUUGAGGUGAAUACGUGACUAUCCAAACAAGGUCUUAGGGAUUACUCGUCCCGGAAAAUGAAGAGGAUUCUGAGAGAA